CAGGGAACAUUCUUGGUCCAGAUGUUGGGUUCUUGGUUCUUGAAGCUCUUUUACUUUGAACUAACAUGUGUUAUUUGUUUUAGAAACAGGCAGGAUUUGGGCAAUUCAAGAGGACUUUUUGAAGACAAGAUGUCUCGGAGAUUGCGUCAAAGCUCAAAAAGUGGUGUUAACAGUCAUCGUCAACCUCCAAACCAUUCUCGAGGCAGACAAAAGCAUUAAGGUAAAUUAUAAUAAUGCCUUCAAAAAGUGCUUUAAGUUUUUCGCAUAUUAUAUAAUAAUGAUACAAUUCGGAACUAGCUUGCAUUUUCUUAAUAGAAUAUUUACCGUGGUGGUCGGUAAGUUUUGGGGAUUGGUCUCAAAUAAGAUGUUGUGGAGACAAGAAGUAGUAAAUCGCUCGUUUUUCACCGAGGUUUAUAUGUCUUUUUCCUUUUGUUGUUUCUUUUUUGACUCAUCUUCGGCUUCUCCUAUGAGCUUUUCCAGCACAUUCAUCUGGAUUGAUAAGAAAAAACACUUAUUUAUUCCUGUUUUUUGUGUGUUCUUUUUCUUACUUUCAAAUACUUAUGUGUGAACUGGCUCUUAUUAUAUAGUGUCUACUACCUAGUAAGUGCUUUUACGUUCUAUAACCCUUAUUGUCGUUAACCCUUGAGAACUAUUUCUGUUGUGUGACCAAUGAGUUCAAUUCAUGCUGCUUCAAUCCUUCUUUUGUUUCUGCUCUUGCAUCUUUCCGAUUCUCGUCACCUCGACAAUGUUCACAUCACUGCCAAGGAUCAAAAUGUUGUCUCUGGUUUGACACCUAAAGAACCGGUAAAGGUUUCUAGGUUUGUGCCGCGUGCAGUGAAGCACCGCCAUCAUCGGCCGCCACUCUUCUUCGCAGAUUAUCCGAAGCCGUCCACGCGGCCUCCGCGUCAUAACUGAAACCUCUCUCUCUCUUGUAGUUUUUUUCAUCUUUAGGAGUGUUUUUGUAUGUGAGAGAGUAAAUAGGUCCUUUAACAAUUUUCUUAAUACGUUUCCAAGAUGUUGGAACUCUUUUUUGAAGUAUAGGUUCAUGUUUCCCUGACAAAUUCUAUCUAUUUUGAGUAAGUUUUCCCAAAA